GCAGACAUGGUCGAUGAACGCCGGGCGGGCAACCGGGCGAGCGUAGGACGACUGGGGGCGGGCACACCAACGAGGCGGGAGGGCGGGCGGCGCGUACAGACGGGAAGCGCGCGGACGCUCCCGUCUGCGAGUGCAGAGUUGUCGGGGGACACGCGGGCGGAUGGCGGGAAUGCGCGAGCGCGAGUGCGGAGGACGGCGAGCGGGGAGGACGGAGGGUGGGGGCAUGGCAGCGAGGACAACGGGUGCACCGUUGACCCACCGACUUGCCCGCACACUCGCUCGCUCGCCCGCCCGCCUGCGCGAGCCUCCCCGCCCUCUUGCACACUCCCCCCACUCGCCCACCUAUUCGCUCGUCCACCCGUACAUGGACCCGUAGACCCGCGGUACCCGCACGUGACCCGUACCCGUGAAGCGGGUACGGUACCCGGGCGGGUACGGGUACGGGUAAGCCCCCAGACACCCGGGGGUUUACCCGUGCAAUGCACUA